AUGUAUGUCUUCCCUAUAACCACGACGUUGAUCUGCCUGACUGCCGUGGCGGUCGUGGCUCGAAUGAUCUCACGGUUUUGGUAUGUUCGAAAAGCAGGAUGGGAUGAUUUGAUGAUUGUGGUCUCGUUGAUGACCAAUUUCGUCCUCUAUGCCUUUAUCGUCGUUCAAGUCAAUACUGGAUUGGGUGAGCCUGAAAAUACCCUCUCGCCCAGCGAACUCCGGACUCAGCUCAAGGCCCUCUGGCUCACAAUCCCCUUCUACAACCUAACCCUCACCCUCACCAAGAUCUCCAUGGCCCUGCUCUACCGCCGUCUCUUCCCAACAACCCGCUACCGCAUCGUCACCCUCGCAAUCAUCAUCCUAAUCACCAUCACCGGCCUCUGGAUGACAAUCAGCGCCUUCGUCUUCUGCAUCCCCAUCGCCGCAUUCUGGGACCCCAACCUAGGCGAUAAUUGUCUGUCAGAGCGAGUCGUUUGGUGCCUGAAUGCCUCGAUCCAGAUCACGACGGACUUGGUGAUUGUUGUCCUGCCCAUGCCGGUCAUUACGAGGCUUAGGUUGCCGAAGAGGCAGAAGUGGGCGUUGGUGUUUGUUUUUGGGUUGGGGUUUUUUGUCUGUGCGAUGAGUAUUGUCCGUCUGGUCACCUUGGUCAGGCUGGUAAACAGUACAGAUGAAACACGAUCCAACGCUCUCACAGCCCUCUGGUCCUCAAUCGAAGCCGACGUCGCCAUAAUCUGCGCCUGUCUCCCCCAACUCCGUCCCCUCGUCACUCGCGUCUUCCCUCAUCUCUUGCAACCUCUCGUCCGCUCCUCUACCUACCGCCAACAACGCGAGAAGAAGGCGAACUUCUACGGGGGGUUUGAUUUUAGUACUGCGUUUAAUCCAGAGGGGAGUCAUUACUCGGCUAGUGUUACCGGGCAGGAACAUGGGGGUCAACAUCCGGAUGGGGAUGGCAUUCAGGUUGUACGGGAGUUGAGGCUGGAGUGUUCGAAUUCGCCAACGCCGAGUGUGAUUGGAAGCCACACUGAGAAUCACCCGGAGCGGAAUCCGAGUUCAGUUCUGGAUACUGUAUAG